AUGCAGUCACCAGUUCCUAGACCUUCUCGCAAUGGCCCUGGCUUCAUUGCGCUUCCCCGAUUAGAUUCCAAUCUCGGUGGAUGGCGGACGCCAGCUAGCACUUCCACCGCAACCUCGCCUUGGGAUGACGGAACACGCAAUCACUAUACUGAUAUGGUUACCCCAAGUGGCCGACCUCAUCUCCAACCUCUGCGUCUGUCUUUAUUGCAAACUCGUAUGGAUACUACCUCUUCAGUUGUCGCAAACGCUCCUGAAAGUCCGCAACCAUUAUCUCCACUAUCGCCUCGACGUUUGAGUCGAUCGGAAGGCUCUGCGCUGGGGAUCAUUGUGCCGCCCGGUACGCCACCUGCAGAGACUCUCCCCCGGUGGUUGGUCGAUAGACGUUUCUCUAAGCAGAAACCAUUGUUGUCGGGCGCACGGACUCCUUCUCGCUGGCCUGAACCUUAUUCCCCAUUUGAGUCAACGUUUAAUCCGGCUACACCCAUUAACGACAGUUGGCGUGCUGGAGACCAACCAAUAGUUCAAACUCCAGAGCCAUUGCCUAUUAUCGAGGGGCUUCAGACCCCCCAGGAUGAAUUUCCCUUUGACUUGGGCGUCGUUUCAGGCGAGCGCGUUCGUACACCUGGUGGGCCUAUGAUGCGUCCUCGUCCCCUUCCACGAACCUCAUCGGACGAUAUGUCUGAUCGAAGGCUAUUUCGUGUAAACGCAUGGGGGGAACAUGAAUCUCCGAGAGACGCUUCUACCGGUCUCUUUUCUCUUAUGCAGGCUCAAGGUGCGCGGGAGUCAUGGGGUCAAUCACGGCCCCGGCAUUUCCCGCCUUCAAGGCUCGCUUCAACCGCCCCAUCUCCAAUCCCAUCCCCUCGCGAGUGA